AUGGCGACGUACCAUCCCGCGUUCUUGCGAACACCCGCGCUACCUACUCUAUCUUCCUUCUCCUUCUGGGAUCGACGCUCGGCUUCUCCUUCCACUCAUGUAUCCGGUUCUCAGGACACUUUUGUCGCUAUCCUUUCUACACACCCGAAUAUUAUGCGUUUGAUACCGUAUUUAGCCGUCGGUGCCAGCCUCGCAAGUGCGGCACCGCUAAGCAUCAUCGUAUCGACGACCGAAGUCGGCUCGUUCCGCCUCGGCAAGCCCGUUCACGAAGUCAAGACAAAUGGUGCUCUGAUCCUCCCGCCCACCGGCAUGCGCAAGGCAUGCAACAAGAUGCAAGGCGGUAUGGCCAAGCUCUUCGCGCUCGCGGGUCUCGGCCCGGUCAUGGCGCACGACAUGAAGCUCGGGCCCGAGCACCACGUCGCGCACCUCCCGGGCGAGAAGCAGUUCUGGGAUCCCGCCAUGCCGCCGCACCACCUUGAGUGGCACCACAAUGGCGAGCACCGCGCGGAGGAGCUCAAAGCAGUGACUGUCGAUGAGAACGGCGAGCCGCCGAGGGCGCACCAUCGCCACAUGCACCAUGGCGGCCAUUUCCGCCACAUGCAUCACCGCGGGUCGUUCAUCCGCCGUAUCCACCGUGCGCUCAUGUCGCUGGGCCCAUGGGAAGGCCGUGCGAUCGCAUUCGUCCUCGGAUGCGGCAUCGGCGUUCUCCUUCGCAUGAUCUGGGUCAUGUUUGUCGUCUUUAAGCGCGUGUUCAGCGGCAGCGAGACGGAUGAGAGGAGUGAGGAUGAGGCGGAGUACGAGCGCGUUGCUGUUCUGCUGCCUAUGGAGAUGGAGAGCGAGGAGCUGUUCGCUGCGCCGCCGGAGUACUACGCCGACGAGAAGACGCCGGUUGUUGAGGAGAAGAAGGACGACAAGAACUAG